AUGGACAAGGAACACUUUCGUUUCUAUAUUAAAGUGCAUACUGCACUUGAUAUUGAACCAAUAGAUAUUCAUAAUGAAUUAAAAUCUGUCUUUGGUGAUCAAGUUCCACUUCUCAGAGCUGUUCAAAGAUGGUCAAAAUCAUUUCGUGAAGGUCGGGAAGAAAUCGAAGACGAAGAUGAAGUACGACCCGAAAGAUCUGUAACUGAGACAACAUCUGCUAAUAUUGAAGAAUUUCGAAACCUUACUAAUGAUGAUCCUUAUAGUACAAUUGACAGAUUGCGAGUGUAA